CGGAUUCGUUAGUGCAAAAACUCGGAAUGCUGCCUGCAACCAUGGAGCGCGAAAAACUGACACAGGAAAAGCUAACAACCUUUUGUGAGCUGUUACGCUCCAAUUACAGACAAAUAAAGCAUCUAAUCGGUACGGAACGGACGAAUGUUGACAAAACGUUAACGAAAGCAGUCCGCUACGACCUGCUGGACGGUAGCGGUAUUAGCACGCGUAGUGCUAUCUACACGUCGGAACAAAUCGAACAGAUCCUGAUCGAGUGUUUGAACGAAAUCAACGAUCGACUGGUUGCGACCGGCAGACUGGUCUCAACACUGGUCGAAGACCAUCAAAAACUGCUUCAGGCCUAUCGGAAUCUGGAGGAAGCUAGUCGCAAAUUAGACUGGUCCCGCACUGAAAGUGAACUGAUUUCUGGGACGAGUAGACAAAAGAGCCUGGAGUACCAUCUACGAGAGGGAUACCGAAUCGUUCAUCAGUUGAAUGGGUUGGUUAUAAGAAUUAAGUUUACGUUCAAUGCCGUGGAGGUGCGAGAGGCGGCGAGCAUUGAGCGGUUUCGUGAUUGUCUUAAAAUAUCGGAGGAUUUGGAUCAGUACCUGCAGGAUUUUCUUACCUAUACGGUUUUUAUGGGGAAAUAAAAUGUUAUGUUCAAAAUA